AUGCUGAAUAUGCUAGCAAAAUCACCUGUUCGCGGGCAUGUGGGCCACGCGGCCGCGCGGCCGCUCUUUGGGCUACUCGCUCUGCAGCGGCAGGUUUGCGCGCGCCGGUCGCCGCGCGCCCCGUCCGCGGCGGACGCCGACGCCGACGGCACCAGCACCAGCGGUAGCGGCAAGGAGGUGUACCAGGGCGUGUAUGGUCCGUGGACCGUCGAGCGUGAGGACGAAGUGGAGGUCUUAUGCUACCGCCUCGGCCUCUCGGCCACCGCCCUGGCGCUCGUCGGCGGCACCGCGGCGGGGCUGUCGGGCGCUGACGCAGCGCUCGACCCGCUGAGCGCCCUGGGCGCUGCGGGGCUGGGGGUGUCUGUGUUUCUGAUCCACGUUUACGUCGACCCCCUCAAGCGCUUCUUGCAGCAGCUGCAGCAGCAGCGUGCCUGGGCGGUGGCGACGGCAGCGCCGCAGCAGCAGCAGCAGCAGCAGCGGCCGGUCAUGUGGGCUGCGGGCGUCCUGGGUGCGGGGUACCUCGCUUUGGAGAAGUGCGGCGGCCAGCCCGUCGCGCUGUACGUGGCUGAGCACCCCUGGGCCGUCUGGCUGGUGGGGCCGUUCUUCGCCUCAAUCACCGGCAUCGCUGUGAAAGAGGGCCUCUGCUAUGGGAAGCCCGAGGCGGCAGGCGUCGCCGCGCUGCUACCGCUGCUGCUGCUCGGGCACCUCUCAGGCGUCCUGCCGGCGGCGGCGCUGCGCGUUCUCCUGUGCGCGUCUGCGGCGGCGACCGGCGUGUUUGCGGGGCGCAAGUACACUCAAGCUGUGAAAGAUGACAUCGGCGACAAGAGUGUAUUUGAGUGA